CCGGAGCCCCGCACGGCCGCGCCGCGCCCCGCACCGCCGCCCGCCCGCCCGCCCGGCCGAAGCAUGUCCAAGCCCAGCGACCACAUCAAGCGCCCCAUGAACGCCUUCAUGGUGUGGUCCCGCGGCCAACGGCGCAAGAUGGCCCAGGAGAACCCCAAAAUGCACAACUCGGAGAUUAGCAAGCGGCUGGGCGCGGAGUGGAAGUUGCUCUCCGAGGCGGAGAAGCGCCCCUACAUCGACGAGGCCAAGCGGCUGCGGGCGCAGCACAUGAAGGAGCAUCCCGACUACAAGUACCGUCCCCGGCGCAAGCCCAAGAACCUGCUGAAAAAGGACAGCCAGUUCAGCUCCAGCGCCAUUCAGAAGAUGACUGAGGUUCCUCACACCUUAGCCACCAGCACCCUGCCCUACGCCUCCACCUUGGGAUACCAGAACGGGGCGUUCGGCAGCUUGAGCUGCCCCAGCCAACACACCCACACUCACCCCUCGCCAACUAACCCGGGCUAUGUCGUGCCGUGUAACUGUACCGCUUGGUCGGCUUCCAGUUUGCAACCUCCGGUUGCCUACAUAUUAUUCCCGGGCAUGACCAAGACUGGGAUAGACCCCUAUUCUUCAGCACACGCGACUGCCAUGUAACACCCACCCACCCGCACCCCACGGGCGUGUGCGUGCGCGUGUCCCCCGCCCCGGGUGGCGGCCGGAACCGGGAUUCCUUCGUGUGUGCAUGUACAUAAAACCUGCAGGAGCAAAAGGCCACCCGACCCAGGACUCUGCCGCCCGCCGCCGGGCCGGGACAGACGCGGACGCUGCCUCGGAGAUGCUCUCGCCCUAAAGCUCGCCCCGAGAGCUGGCCCCGGGCUCGGGGGGGAUCUGCAAUCGCGGGGGCAGAUAGGAGCCCGGCACUUGUAAGAGUUGUAAAUGUGUUUAAAAACAAAAAAGGAAAAGCGAAGCUUGAACUGCCCUUUCGGGACAAAGCGGGGGAGAAAAAGAGAAAAAGAAAAAAAAAAAAAGAGAGAGAGAGGCGUUUUCGAUUUUUAUUUAUUCUCUUAAUGUCUAUGAGUUCUCCAGGGUCUCAUGUCACUUGGACUUGACUUUGGGAAGUCCCGGUCUUACUCUGAUUUUAUUUUUUUUCCCUUGUUGUUUUCCUUUUGCACAUUGAAAGACGAGAUCAGCUGUGUUAUAUAUAUAUAAAUAUAUAUAUAUUUUGCCACCACGCACUACUAGGUAAAAUUGCUUUUCAUGUCAGAAAAAGGCUCUUCAAAGUCAAAAAAGGAAAAAAAAAAGAAAAAAAGAGGGGAAGAAACAUUUAUAUUUAAAACAUAUGAUAGUGUUUGCUUAAUUUAAAACAGAUAGUCCUUAAAUUUGUGUGAUCCAGUGAGACUAGAUCUAAGUUUACUUUAGACAGAGCGUCAGGUAUGAAGUCAGGCAGUAGAAUUGUAAAAAAAUUAAUACUACUACUACUACUAAUAAUAAUAAUAACGAAAAACCGAAUAAAAACGAUGGCAAUUUAAAUAAGUUUUCACAAUGUCUUGGGGGAAGAAGAAACAGAAACUAAGAUGUAUCCGGCAGGAUUUUACCUCGUUAAACCUUUUCAUUUGUUGAACAAAGCCGUUUUGAAUAAAGACAAUCUGUCAUCAAACGAG